GAAGGAAUAUGGAAAGAAAUGAAGCCAAUAUUCCAUGACAUGAUGGAUAAUGUAAUACGUGAUGCAAAGGAUGAGGAGGACAUAUGUGCCGAGGAAGACUGGGGCAGUACGGAAAAAAAUUUGUGCAAAAUGCUAUUAAGGAUAUCCUUCUGGAUGGAUGGAAUGGAACAGAAAUGGAACGAGAAAGAAAAAAAGUACCUAUGGGAACAAAGAAAAGUGAAGACAGGGGAAAGGAACGAAGCUAAACUGAAAUAUUACUUAAGAUGCCUUAUAGGAAGAACGACUAUGACAAGAAUGUUAGGAGCACAUUGUGAUAUGGAUAAAGUGAGGGAAGCAGUUAAAAGUGGUUUGGAAGAUAUGAGGCAAAAUGAGAAUCCUGGAGGUGGGAAUGAAUUAUGUAGGGAUGUGCAUGUCAAGGAUUUCAUGUGGGGGGGAAGGUUAAUAUGGCAGCAGGUUAGUGAAUGGAUAGAUAAUUACAGCAGGAAGAAAGAUGAGUCGAAAGCAUUACCAGAAGUGAAACCAGGGGAGAGUCUAUUGCACACAAUACAGAGUGAGGGGGAGAGAAGUUGCCGAAAUAAGAGCGAACAGGAAAGAAGGAAAAGUGCGCGGGAAACACUGAAAACUUUAAGGAUAGAAGUGGCCGACGAGGAGGAACAGGAGUUAGGGGAGGAAACUGGUACCUUAGCGAAGGACGCUUUCGAUGAUGUUGCAAGGGAGGUCAAGAAUGUAGUGGAUAGCGAUGAAGUAGCAAGAAAAGAAGUCCAGGGGAUGGAUGAAAUAGGGGAAGAAUUGAAGGGAAAAGUAAAGCAAGCUGUGAACAAAGUCAUGAAGGACGCCCUACCAUCACCACAGGUGGGAAAAAACUCCUCGAAGACAGGCCAACCGGAAACUGGGUCAUUGGGAAAAUGGGGAGACUGGACAAGGGGGAAGGAACCGGGCAACCAGGGUCCAACUGGACAAGGGGUACAACCGGACAAAGGGUCCAACCGGACAGCCCCGGUCUCUUCGGACAAGGGGGAGACUGGACAACGCGGGUCUAACCGGAGAAGUGGGGAAACCUGCAAGUGCUCCCUGGAAAGGGUGUAUAAAAAAAAAAAGAGGAAGAAAGGAGGAGGAAGGGAAGGAAUGGAUAAUAUAGAAGGGGAUAUUAAUAGUAUGAUCAGAGAUCUUGCUAAAAAUUUAUCUAGAUAUGCCGAUGACAAAAACGGAUUAUGUAACAGUUCUAAGGGUAUUAGUGCACCUAAUGGACUCCAUAAAAAGGUUUGUCAGUUAAUUACUGCAGGUUUAAAGAGCAUUUAUAGUAUUCCUCAGGAACAGGAUGAUAGUGAUAAGGAAUUUAAGCAGUUAUUUAAGAAAACUAUGUCAUGCCUGCUGCUUAACGCGUAUGCAGAUAAGUUAAUAAUAAAAUCGAAAGAGCAGGGAUGCAAUAUUAUUGAAAGAGAAAUAGAGGAAAUAUUUAAUACUGGAAAUAAACAGAGGGAUGAUUGGUGUUUGCAUAAGGGUCAGGAUGGUAAGGGUGAUUGUGUUAAAUGUACUAGGAAACGUAUCAUAAAUUGUGAUAUAGGCAAAGGCAGAAACAAAUACAAUGUAAAGACCAAAGUGGAUGGGUUGCUCAACCAGGAUAACAGCAUAAACGGAACUCUGAACAGCAUAUGUGAAGACUGCAGCAAGGAAAGUAAUCUAUGUGAACGUAUGAAGUGUGUAACAGAGAAUUGGUUUAGGGACCGAAUAGGUGGAUAUACAAAACAAAAGUGGUGUACAUUUUGGAAUCCGGACGUCAGUAAUAGACUGGAUGAUCUGUCUAAAGCUAUGACUAGUAAUAAUGAAGGUGAUGAUGAUCUGUGCCAAGAGACUGUUGGUGAAAAGAACACCCUAUUUACUGAAACAGAAAAAAUGGCAUGUAAUUAUAUUGUAAGGGGGUUAAAAAAAAUAUAUAGUGUCCAAAGUAAAAGUGACAGUACGAAGGAUAGGAAUAGUAGAAUAUUCCAUCAAACCAUGUACUGCAUGUUCCUAAACGCAUAUGCAGAUCUCUUCAUAGAGAAAACAAAGGGACAUGUCUGUCCCAUCACAGAGGAGAUAAUAAAACAGGCAUUUAGUAAAGUGAAUGAGAACAGAGACUCCUGGUGUACAGAUAAGGAUAAGAAUGGUCCAUGUGUUCUUUGUACAAGGCAAAAAAAUCUAACUUGCAUCCUAAGCGUGGAUAAAACACUUUGGGAUACGGGUAAGGAUUGCACGGAAGUAGGGAAUGACGAUAUAAAAAACAAAGUGAAAGGAAUGUUCAAAGAUAAGGAGAAGAAUGUGGAAGCACAGAAAGUUCUAACUGAUAUAAGUACUAUAACUAACUCCUUAUGUCAGCGUGUAAAUUGUGUCACAGUUAAAUGGUUUGAAGACAGAAAACGUGGAACGUCAACACAAAACUGGUGUGCAUUUUGGGGGAAGGGAGACGUCGGAAGAAUUUUGAAGAGUUUGUCCACUGCUAUGACUAAUAAGAAUGGGAGCACUGGCAACUAUUGCAAUAACGUCGGGCAGCACGACAGUGCAGAAAGAAAGGCAUGUAAACUUAUUACAGCAGGGUUAGAAUAUAUAUAUAAAAUUGAAAAGAAAGAAAUAAAGGAAGAAGACAAAAAAAAAAAGAGGAAAAGCCAGGACCAAAUAGAAAAAGAAAAAAGGCAGGCAGCUAAUGACCAACAAUUUGGUCGAACUAUGGGGUGCAUUCUAUUAAACGCCUAUGCAGAUAAAUUGGCUGAACAAAAGUGUAUAGGUGAAAGUACCGUACUGGAAGCGUUUACUAAGGGGAAAAGUCUUUAUACAGAUUUGUGCGUAAAUAAGAAUGAUCCUAACUGUGUUAAAUGUGAAAGGCAAAAAAAAUUUGAUUGCACACUCAAUGUGGAUAAAACACUGUGGUCGACGGGUAAGAGUUGCCCACAAGGAAAAAGGGAUAACAUGAAGAAAGAAGUGGAUGAUAAGCUGGACACGAAGAAGAACAGGGAUCAAAAAGUACAGGACGUUAUGAAAGAAAUAAAUAACAUAUGUCCACCACCACCUCAGCAAUCGCACAGUGGACAACAGGAUCAGGGUGGAUUGGAGGAGCCCAAACUACAAGGUGGUAAUAAACCCCAAGGACCACCUCCCCCAGGGAAACCUCAGAGACCACCACAACAAGCGACACCAUCACAUGGAGGUUUUAUAACAGCAGAGAAAACAGAUGAUCCAGGAAGAGUUACCCCUGGCACCGUCCUCCCUGCACCUGCCCAAGUUAGUAACCCCAUAGAUCAUUCUGAUUCUGCUCCAUACCUCCCUCUUGCUCCUGCCGUACUUGGUAUUUCUAUUAUGAGCUACUUGCUAUGGAAGUACUUUGGAAUGCUUCGUAAGACCAGAAAACGUUAUAGAAGGGCUCCUCAAAUACGUGGUCCUCCAACUUUGGAGGAACAAGUUAUGGACCAUGUGGACCAUCCCGGUCCACAUGAAUAUAUCUUAGUAAAGGGACGCAGACAACCAAGAUCUGUUCCAACAAGAACGAAGAGGCGAAAAAGACGGGGCGUUGGUCGCCGUGCUGGUCGUCGUGGUGGUGUACGUCGCCGCAUGAUUAUUGAUAUCCAUUUAGAAGUCUUAGAAGAAUGUCAAAAAGAGGACCUGCAUUCGACGAAGGAAAACUUUUUUGAAAUAUUGGUUCAAGAAUUUAUGGGUUCUGGGUUUAGGGAGGAAGACUUUCUUCCUAAGGAAGGUGUUCCUAAGGAGCAAGUUCCAAGUUUAGAUUCCGGGUUUAGGGAGGAAGACUUUUUUCCUAAGGAAGAGGUUCUAAGUUCGAAUUCCGGGUUUAGGGUUCAUGUUCUUAAGGAAGGUGUUCCUGAGGAACAGGUUCCAAGUUCAGAUUCCGGGUUUAGGGAGGAAGACUUUCCUCCUGAGGAAAGUAUUCUAGAGGAUGAUGUUCCUAUGUAA